CGUCACUGGUCGAUGGUGUCGAUUGUUGUGAUUCGCCAAAUAAAAUCAAAACAAUAGAAAUGUGUUCGGAAAAUGGUGAAAUAAAACAGUAACCAUUCAUUCCACAGUUUUGCCGUAUUGCGCGGAAUAAUCUCGCCCGUCCGCUGGUGCAUAAUUGCAGCUGCAACGAAAUCGCGAAUUUUAUUGCAGUUUUAGUUGCUUUCUGUUUCCGAUCAGUGUUUGUGUAUGCGCGUAGCUGGCAACGUUGAUGAUGUUUAAUUUUAGUUUAUUUUGUACCAAACUGUGAUUGUGUGGGCUGUUGAACGGGUGAAGCGUAUAAGCAAGAAGUACGUACACGGACGGUCCGACAUUUAGCUGCGAAAGCGCCAAAGCCUGGCCACCUGUCAACGACGGUACAUCGUCAGCCGUUUCCAGCUGGCCUUCGGAUGUUGUGGCGGAUGACGGUGCGUUAAAACCACGCAAACACGCACACAGACACGCAUCACGUAUCAUAUCCUUGUCCCUGGUGGUGUCCUGGUGGUCGGUCGUCCGCUUUGGUUUUAAUCAUCCGGCGUCCAUCCGCGCUUCAUACGUGCCUGGUAGCUGCCUGAACCUGUCCUGCUCUGCUCCAGAACUGCGCUGAUCAUCCUCAUUGACAGCAUCGUACGCCAUCGAAGCCGCCACUACGGAACCAUCGGUAAAUCGGGACGGCCACUCGUUAGUUGUGUUUGUUUCUGCGUCCCGCUGUCGCGGCCUGUAUGGGCAACGGGGACAUCCGGGCUACCGAGCCUGCGAUAAGCUGCGACAGCAAUCCCACACCACGCACGAACGAAGCAGUGAGCGUUCAUAAUCAGGUGGACGUACCGGUGCAGGUAUUGGCGCGACCAGAGCGAAGAAAGGACAAUCGGGUCGUAACGUUUCAGCUACCACAAUCAGCUGACGGUGCGAAUUUGGGUCUGGUCGGGCGGUGGUACCAUGAAACAUUAGCACAUCGCCGCUCCAUCGUCUGGCUGCAGGGUGUUGUCUCGCGGGUGGCGACUGUAUUGCGUCCCAACGCUUCCCGCCAACACGACGAUACUCGCCGGACACGACCACUAGCACGGAUUUCCCGACGACGGUGGCUUCAAACGACACUGGACAGUGAGCCACAGCUGCUGAAGAGUUGCUGGCCGGUCCCGCAAACUGAACGCCUCUUUCUGCCAACAUUCCCGAUCGAUGAGCAACGGUCGGAACGAUACGUUCGUCGCACGCAUCUAGCGAACGGUGCAUUCGGUCGGGUGUAUCGCGUACUGGACGACGGUGCACAGCAUGGUGUGGAGCGUGACCAGCACUGGUACGCGUUGAAGGUUUUACAAAAGUCCACCAUCGUACUGUCUAAUGCAGUUGGGCAGGUAAGGGACGAGGUGAAGAUACAGACAAUCUGUGGCCACCAUCCGUUUAUAGUGCCGUGUGUCGAUUAUUGGCAAAAUCGUACGUGCAUAUUUCUGUUGUCCGAAUUUUACGGUAACGGAGAAUUGUUUCAUCGUCUUAAAACCUUCACCGCCCAGUUGGUGCAGCUGUAUGUGGCGGAGCUAGCCUUAGCCAUUGAUUUUCUGCACAACGCCGGCAUCAUCUAUCGUGAUCUGAAGCCGGAAAACAUACUGCUGGAUGAUCGGUUCCACAUCAAGCUGAUUGACUUUGGGCUAAGCAAGUGGCUCAGCAUCGGCAACCGGACUACGACGCUUUGCGGCACUGUACAGUAUAUGGGUAACGAAGCAUACGUACUACACAACCAAUAGCAAUAGCCGUAAGCCUAGUGUUAGUUCUGUGGGUGGUUCUGUGGAUGCGUACCGGUACGCCAAACGUUUAAUGUCGGUUCACGUUAGCCUGGUAGUAACUGUUGGUAAUGCAAAACAAAAAAACUAAACACGCAACCACACUAGUAAGGGUUAAACAUGUUACUUCCGGGCUAUUACAUUGUUGCUUCACGGUGUCGAUGAACGCGUUGUGAGUUGGGGGCGGGUCCGUCCGUAGUACGGGAUACAUUAUGAGAUUUAAAAUAUUACUUUUCGGCUUCUAAACAACCAAACUGCAAAACCACAAAAAAAAAAUCCAUUCCUAACUGUAGGAAGGAUCCAUGCAUCAGUUUUAGUUGGCAGAGAAUGAUAUGUGAAUGUGUGAAAGGUUGUCUGUAUGAUACCGUUUGCACCGACACGAUUACAACGUACGAGCAGUUGAGCAAUCAACGCAUUCGAGGAAACGGCUCCGGACGGUGUCUAGCUUGCUGGUACGGAGUGAAAGCGUGUAAAGCGUCACCAUGAACGCCCGUUCGCAAACGUUCGAUCUGCGGAUGGAGGGCCGGCAGGUGGACGAAGCCGUCCUGAGCAUCUUUCACACGAUACUGUUCCACCGCAGUCUCGGCAAGUUUAUGUACACCGAGGAGGCGAUGUAUUCGGUCGGCACGAUCGGGUACCGGGAUGUGGACUGUGACUUUUUCGACUUUACGUACGUUUGCUGCACCUCGCCCCGGCUGGAGGAAACGCUACGGCGGGAAAUUAGCAACUUUAGCCGGCAGCUGCGCAGCAACGACAGUGGCGGUACCGGGCAGAUUAGUUUGGAGUUUUUCCAGCGCAAAAAAACGCGCUGGCCGUUCCAGACCGACUGCAUACCGUGGGAGGUGUGGACGAUACGGCUCGAGCUGCUGACGCUCACGAACGAGGACGAUUGGUUGGUGUGCCGGGAGCGGGUCAGCGACAUGCUGACGGACAAAAUUUUCUGCAUCACCGAGAUAAUGAACCGGCACGACUACGUGCCGAAAAUACCGAACCAGACCGAGCUGGACAUGGUGUUCGAUACGACGUACCCGGACGUGCAGCCGUACCUGUUUCAGUUUAAGUUUAGCACGGCCGGACCGAGCGGUACGUCCGUGAGCAACACGAUGAAAAAGCUGAUCAAGGAAACGUUGAACGUUUCAUUGUGACUAACACGCGACCGGGUACGCGUACGGUGCGCGGCACCAUGCAUCCGCUUGCAUCAAACGGCUUCGUUCGGCUUCGUUUGCCCGUGGCCGUUUCCUUCUCGCUGUUUGCGCUUUACACUGUCCCUGCUGUGAAGAAUGGUGAUUUGCGAGGAACUGAGGUCCUUCUGAUUUUUCUCCUGUGUUUGCAUGCGUUCGAAUGCUUGUUUGCGAAGUGUUUUACACUUGUGUGUGCGUGCGUGUGUUUCGUGCGUGUGUGUGUGUGUAUAGGUAAAGUAGAUCUAUUUAUUUUGUAAAAUUUUGGCGCAAAACUGCUGCUAUUUUGCUUUGGAAAUGCUAAUUUUCGCUUAAUAAUAUGCAUCACAUGAGCUGACAGUUGCUUGAACAGCUUUAUGUCUUUUAAACGGUUUUAAUUUUUGGCUUAUAAUUUAUAACUCUAUGCGGGUGUGUUUGGUUCGGUAAGAAUCAUUAUUUGAGGCACAAAAACCGGAAAAAAAGAAAACGCAUUUCUAAUCAAAAAACAGGACAAAUGAACAGCGGAAUGGAACAAGUUAAUCAAAGGCGUGUAAAAGAAUGAUUGUGUGUAGAGCAUACUACGCGGGGGAGGGGAAUGUUUACAACCACUGCAAUACAUAUAUCCAUACAUACAUAACCCAAAACUCAAACAGAUACAGACAGAAACCGUCGCGAGUAACAGUAGAAAUGAAUAUAGAGAUUAUUAGUUGCCUACAUCGAAUAGUUUACAGGCAAAGGUUAAAGAAAAGAGGUUUUUGUUGCGCAUCUAAUUUAAGAUAGCCAGCGUGUUGUAUUUGCAAUCCAAGUGCUGUGACUGUGUACAGACUGUGUCCGCUGUUAUUAUUCACGCUUGUGCUUUGGGAUUCGAUUGGUCCAAGAGUCCCCUAUCCAAGAGAUCUUUGAGGCAAUCUUGGAUUCUAGUUUUUUUUUUCAUGGAAUGCUGGAUGCUGGAAAUAAAAAAAAACAGUUGUUUCGUUCCUCUUGCCACGAGUUGAAGUAUUUAAAGCCACAACAAGUGUUGAAUUUGAACUUGAAGACUUCUAUAGAACCGCAACCCAAACCACGUGCUGAUGUAUACCAACGUUGGUGGGUUAAAGAAACGACCUUCUUCUUCUUCUUCUUCUUCUUCUUCUUCUUCUUCUUCUUCUUCUUCUUCGGAACUACAACCUUGAAAGGUCUCGGCCUGUCAUUUCUGUCUUUCUGUGACUUGAAGUUUACCCGUAGUAGCUGAACAGUUUGCCCUAUGUACGGGGAGGCGCGGUCUGGAUGGGAUUUGAACCCCGGUCCUGCCGUGUGAUGACCGGCGCCUCUGUCGCUUUGACCACCGGAUCGCCCCUACUAAAGAAUCGACCUACUGCGAUCCAAAGCACGUUGCAAACAACAAAGUACUGCAAUCGUUCCGGGAAGCGAUCGAAACCGAGCAUAAGUGCGAGCACGCGCUUUUUGAUAUUCUAUCCUAUGAAAUAUUAAUUUAGCUUUUUAACACAAUCGCAAUCAACACGGCUGUAUCAGGCUAUAGGAUUGUAGCCUUCUGACGAACAAAGAAACAUCACUAUAAUGGGGGGCUUUAGGUAUUUGUUUGCACUAUACCUUAUCCCCCUUAGUUAGCUGUGUACGACCUUUGCCGUGGCGGUUGGCUGUCUGUGACUUACACUUCUUCUUCUUCUUUUUUGGCCUAACGACCUCUCUUAUAGGUCAUGCCUGCCAUUUCUGGUUUACUAGCCGACUUAGUGAUACCGCAUAGACUGGAUAGUCAGGCCUCAAUAUGGGGGAACGGCCCAGAUGGGAUGUGAAGGCCGGCGCCGCUGUUGCAUCUACCACGGCGUCCAUCAACGUCGACUAGGUAGUCCGAUUAUCCUAAUGCACCGGCACCUUACUUUUCUGUUUUCCUUCGGAUAGCCUAACUUAAUGGCCGCCAAUCUGUGGGAUGAUUCAAGCGGAGAUGCAUAUCAAUGAUUUAUGGUCACACAGCAACGUACGGCGUGAUAGGGUGGUACCGAAGAAGUGUUCUAAUGUUUAAACCAGUGUGCAGUUUGAGAUACAAGUGUUGUUGAGGAUAUAAUUGACAAGAGCAUUGAGAUGAUUGAUUGAAGAUGAUGAUUGAAUGUUACUGUCGCUUAAAUACACCCACAAACGAGCGAUCGAGUCGCUGUAGUUGCUCAAGGAGUAGCCGAAGGAUACAAGAAGGAACGCUAGAUCAGCCUCUAGUUAGGAUUUUGCUGUCCACAAUGUGAUGAUCAUGCUUGAGAGAUCCUUAAAGUUGAGUUAAAAGAGUCAUUAACAGACGAAAAAGUUAACAAGAGAUUCUGAACUAACACACUCACUAAGACCAAUACCAGUACUGAUACCGAUGUCUCAAAGAAGUUGCCAAUAAUAUCUUCAUAAUUCUGAUUACAAAAGAGCGGUCCAGUGGCCGAGACGACAACGACCGUUCCCCCGUAGUGAGGACGGACUAUGCAACUAUGUGGAUACCAUUAAGUCUAGUAGGCCAGAAAUGGCAGGAAUGACCUUUACGAGGUUGCUAGACCAAGAAGAGAGAGUGAGAGAUCCUCAAAAUUCUUGCAAAUCGUAGAUGGCUGUGUGUAUCUCAAACUGUGCUUUGUGUAAACCAUAUGAACACUUGUUAAGUAACCUGAAAAAAUUUAUCCACCAUUCGGCGGCACCCGGACCGUUUUGUUGCGUUACUGACUGUUCGAGCUGUCAAUCCCUGCCCCGCACUUACUGAAAAUUAACCCUUGUUUUUGUUUUGUAAAUACCAAACAAAGGUCCCAAAGAUAUAACCACUCAAAAACGAACAAUUUUGGAUGGUCUUUGUGUGCAGGUGAACACACCUGCAAAGCUUUUAACUGACAGUUCUCAUACGUACGGAUACAAAUCAAAAUAGCUUGUAAGACACUUACCGGAUACUCUUAACCACAAACAGUACACCGUCAGGGUUUUUGAUGUACAAUGCAACCCACCCAGAGGCAACUCUUUAAUACCAUCACAUACAUCGGGAAGAGGAGGAAUAUUUUAGGGGAAAAAAAGUCGAUUAACUUAUAAACAACACCUGCACUAGUCUUCAACCGUUGCUCUGUACACUGGCAAAGUCCAAAUCGGGAUAUUAUGCCGUACCUCAUCAUAGCUCCUUCGAAUCGUACAAUACAAGAGCCACCCAAUACAAGAGCCAAUACAAGAGCAAAAGUGGGCGGGGGCGUUUUAAACUAACGGAAAACUAUAACCCCAAAGCUCAACAGACUUUAAUGUACCGUGGUCUCUUUAUCUUUUUGUUUCAUCUGCCUCACUGAUAAGCAAGCGCUUGUGGCGCUUGUGUUUGCUGCUAACGAGCGUUUAAGUAGCGUGAGAGUAACAAUUGAUCUCCAGAGACAAGUUAUACAAAAAGAAAGAACCUGCAUUCGAACCGCCUAUUAACAACACACGGGCACUACUAAAUUGCAAAAUGGCGGACACCUGAUUAGUGUUGCUGUCGUGUUGUUGGACGUUACCAAUGGCUUGAUUGAAGCGAUUUGAAUGGCGCGUUUAAACUGUGUGUAGUUUCGCUACAUUUUAACGUGCAGCAAGUGCUUUUUUCUGUGAUUUGCUUCACUUUUUUCAAUAUGUCUUGUGGCAGAUGAAUUUUAUACGGGUUACGCGAGAGAAAAUUUGAACCUACACCGUGUGGGAAGGCUUUUUGUUUGUAGCUGUAUGGAUUCUUUCUUCUAGUUGGUGAACGAGCGUGUGUAUGCGAGCAUGUAUGUAGUGUGUGUGUGUGUGUGGGUGGAUAACGCCGAACACUUCCUUUUGCCCCGAAAGACAUCUCAAUAGCUUUACGCUACACUGAGCCUACAUAAUGCUUCAAUACGUAAUAUACCGUCGAUUAUACCUAGUAAUGAAACUUAAUAGAUUUAUAUACCUUUUUUUUUCGCUCUAUUGUUUCGCUUUAAUAAUUUUUGUUGUUGACGUUUAACCGCCUGUGGUGAUAUAGUCUGCUCUGAUGAAAGAUUUAUUCAAAUUCCACGAAAGAUUUAAUUUUACCGACAAUGAAAGCUCACGACGCAAUACACCACACUAUGGAAGCGUUGUUCUUCAUGCAGGGAAAGAUUUUUGUUGUUUCUGUUUGUUUUGUGUGUCUUUUACACUUAACAAUAAUUGCAUGACGUUUGUUCAUCAUACGAGUCAUUAUUUUAGUACUAUUAGCGGUGAUAAAUUGAUUACAGAUGUUUCUUUUAAUAUAGUUAUAGUUUUCCGUGAUUUUUUUUGUUUCGCAUGUUUUCAAUUUACGUGUUACGAUUCUAUUGGUACAAGCGCAAAUGGUGAAAUGGUGAAAAAACAAUAUAUAAGACAUUACAGAAUAAAAAAUAGAAAGAUAAUUUAACGUAAUAACAAGAAAAGUGAAUAGAGAGAGAGAAGAAAAUAAAGCACUACAAAUAAAAUCGAAGCAAAACUCCAGAUGACGAGAGCAACUACAAGCAAAACGUAGAAACAAACGAACGAAGUAGCUACUGAGCAAGCUACAACAAGCGCAUGUAAAUAACGGUGACACACUAAAUACUUGUACUACGCAAUGUUUGUACUAUCGUUUAGCCUAGUAAGUCAUAUUACAGACAGCAAAAAAACAAAAAGCCCUCAAUAGACCUUAAAUUAGUACGAAAUAGUGUACAUGUAUAUAGCAAGAAACAAGAUUGGUGUGAAUAUGUACUAUGGCGUUCGAUUGGUUAAAGGCAGGCAGGACAGAAGUAGUAGAUUGUCACGCCAUUAUGUUUUUGUUUCUAUACUUGCUUUGCUUUAAUCUAUGUUUGGGAUUCCUUGUUGAAGUUAUAAUCACACACACAUACAAUUUACCGCCCCUAUGAAAGACCGCUUAUAGACCCUUUAGGCUGUAUGUAUUUCGUUGUAGUACGCCUGUGAUUAAGUGUGUAUAUAUAUAAAUAUAGUAACGACUAGGUAGCGGCGUAUGUGUGUGUGUUAAUAGUGCUUUUUAGAAGUUGACGUCUACAGUUCGUGUAUAUAGAUUCAGAAAAGAAACAAACAAAAAUACAGCAUAAGCAGAAGUUUUUACUAUGACUCUUUCGCUGGUACAAUGCGGAUGGUCAACACACAUACGGGGUGUCCAAUCGUAUAACGAAGUCAUUCAGAAUCACUCAGUAGAAUAUUUCGGCUGGAAAGUAGAAUAUUACAAUCCCGUUGUGGAAUGUUGCAAUCAUAUAAUGGAGUUUUACAUUUAGUUAGGGGGCCUUGCUUUGCAAUUAGCUGUGGUGUAAGGAAAUGAGUAUUUAAUAAUAAUAUUUCCGACUAAUAUUCGUGCCAAACCUGUUCGAAUGACAGGGUGUGGUGAUGUAAACUAAAAUGACAGAUGGACAGAAUUGAACCAAACAGCUCGGUCCCCAAAAUUUCCAUUAUAUGGUUUGCAAUUCUCCCCAACGGGUUUGCGACAUUCCCCUAUCCAGUUGAAACAUUUCAACAAGUGAUUCAAAACUUUCAUUAUAUGAUUCGAACGCUACCCCGAUCCCUGUAACUACAGAAAGCCCUCGAUUUUGAAAGAUCCACACAAAAACACCCACGAUGCCCGUCAUCGCCAGCAAAUGGAAUGGCAACUACUUAAAGGGGCUAUAUCUGUAAGACGCGGAUUUAUGUCGAACGUAGCUUUUAGUGAUUCGAUUUCAAAUUGAACACGGUCUACCUUUAACCUGCUAAGACAACACCGCGUUCGAGAGUGCAUUAGAAACAGUUUAAAUGAAACAGAGAAAGAGAGAGAGAGAGAGUGAGAAACAAAAUCGGCGUUUAAAAGUUACGUUCUGUAUUCGCUUGGUUGCUGUAGGGUUAGUACUUAAGCACAGUGUUAAUUUGAUGUUGUUUGCUCUUUUGCUAAACAAACUCACACACGCAAACACACGCAACACACUCGGGCCAUGCAGAUACCUUUUUGUUUUGUUUUUAGUAUUAACGCACAGAUAAUAUGCUCGGAUGUAUUAGCAGUAGGGCGGAGAUGAUUAAGGACCUGCGAGAAAGAAAACAAAAAAAACCAAACCUACUAGCUCCGGGUAAGCUCGGACAGUUUAGGGGUUCCUGAACAUCUGACACUAGUGGACAUACGGAGAGUGUGAUGCCAAAACAAUCACUAUCACUAAUGCGAUCUGUCACGCGAUCGUUCGCCUGUCACAGUUGACGUAAAAGUUGUACAGUAGAGAGCGAAGAUACACUAAGUUGUUUUGCAAUGUCAAUUUAAGCAUUAAAACAAUACAAUGUAAUUGCGAAACAAAUGAAAGCCAACAAUAUGUUUAACCAUGUACCGGGUGUCUCACCAACCAGGGCAUCAAAGCAUGCGGCUGAGUGGGUAAUGUCAAAUGUCAAACGAAGAACUCUUAUACAAACAAACAUUGCUUAAGUGUAUGGGAAUAAAAAUAGAUAUGGUUGUCGUGUAAGCGAAAUAAGUUAGUAGUAAAACAUCGCAAAAAUCUAAAUAUGGUGGAAAAGAGCGACAAAUGAACGUAAAGAAAUAGCGAUGUAAUCAAACUGUAAUCAGACGAAACAAACAAACGACAAAAAAAAAGAAGCCAACACGUGGACGAAAAACUUGACCAGGAAGUGGAACAAAAUAGAAGAAAAAACACUCCGGUCAAGCGAAGUUGUACAAAAAAAAAAAACACACACACACAAACUGCAAGAAGUAUAAAGAAA